UCCUUUUCUUUUGAAAAAAAUGUGUUUUCUGUUCAUGAGCUGUGAAAAGAAUCACAGAAAAAGUUUGGUGUUUAAUCAUCUCAGAAGUUCUCCCGGUUCUGGAUUCUUCAGCAGCAGUUUUUUUUUUCCUCCCUUUUCCCCUUUUGCUUCUUUUCAUCCCCUUGGUCGAAUCAAGGUGUAGCAUGUGUUAAAAUGGCGCGAGCCAGUGUGUGGACUGCGUCUGCGCGGUGAGAGUGGGUGGGGCCCCGCCUGUGACCCACCCCUUGCCCUCCACCCCUUUCCAGCAUCUCCCUCCCUCCCUCUCUCUCCCUUGUGUCUCCUUUUCCCCGUUCGACAUCUGGGCUGGUUCCCCCAAGCGGCGGCGCUCGUUCUCACCAGGCCCUGUGUGCCUCCUGUAGACUGCUAGUCCGCCAUGGCGUCUGUGGGGGGGGCAGGUUGCUGAUAGCAGUUAGGAGAGAGAGAGAGCGAGAGAGAGAGGGGAAAAGAGACUGGUCUGCUGCUGCUUGGCAAGCGAGAUCCUCUCCUCCGACUGGCUGUGACAGGGAGGGAGGGUUCGAGCCGCUUGCUGGAUUUUAACCCUCUGCCUUCAGCUGUGUGCAGAGCGGUGCCGGAGCCGCGAACGCUGCAACAAGUUGCUCUCGGGGGCUGCCCCCCCACCCCGCCCCGUCCUGCCUUGUGCAGCUCCCAGUUCCCCCCCAGCACCACCCCGGGUGUUUCAUUUCACCCCUUGAGUGUUGCCUGCAUUUUUCAGUUUUUUUUUUUUUUAAAUUUUUUUUAUUCUGCUGCAGUUUUCAAGCAGUUUGUGGCCUUGCAGUGCCAAAGUGCCGUUGACUCUCUGGACUUCUCCUUCUCAGACCCAGGACCUCGUCACUGCCUCUUGUUGGGACGCUCCGCGGUAACACACUUCUCUCCCUAUUCUCCUGUUUGCCAAGCAUGUUUGGCGGAGCAUGCCCCCCCGCGCUGCGCCGCUCUCUCGACCAGCCGGCCGUCCCACAGGGGCAGCGCGGGGACCGCGGGGUGACCGGACCCUCUGGGACGGGGGCCAGGGGCGCACAAAAAGCGGAACGAGGUCGACGCCUGGAACGCGGAGGUGGCGGAUGCGGCGGAGGCAGCGGCAGCAGCGACACUCUGCAGUUCCUCGUGUCUGUACGAGCGCUCAAUGUGGGCGCGCUUCCCUGGUCGAGAGGGCGUAUUGCGGCCCCGCACCCCUCGCCGGACACUUUCCUGCACCCUGUGCAGGGAGAGGAGUUCCAGCUGGGGGAGCGAGAGAGGGAGCCCCGCUUUCACAUGGAUGAAUCAUUCAUGGGUGCCUCUGGCGUGGCACCGCUCUUAGCAUAUGCUGAGCAUGCAGUUGGUCUGCUUGCCGACACGCUUCGCUCAAGGCUAACGCACUCCUUGGCCGGGGGCCGCCUCCGCGCCCACAGGCCUCGGGCCCCCGGAUGGCCGUGGAGCCAAACACCUCGUGCCUACCCCAGCAGCUCUCCGGAGGCUACUUCACGGCAGGCAGCGCCUCACGUGGACCUCGCUUCGUUUUUACACUGCUCAUUUUUGCGUCGUGCUCCCUGUGAAGAGCACCAUCUGACCGCACUGCGUGCUGCAUCGGUGCAAAACGCAGUGGCGCGCAGCUUGUCGCACGUCCACCGCAGCACUGCUGGAUUGGCCAUGAGCGCACGGGGGGUCGCGGGGCGUCGGAGGGUCGUCGAAGCUCUGGUCUCAGCCUGCUGCGUCUAGGGGCUACCAAGGCCUGGAGCGCACCUCCUCCCUAUGGCGGAACGCAGCCCCUCCCCCUCCCCUCAAGGCGGGCACAGUCGCACCCGCACCCAAGAGCGCGGGCCUGCUAACGGACCGGAUCUCCCUUCGGCCCGGGGUACGUGCAUGCGUUAUCCUGCGCUCGUGACAGAGUGUGUUACGCCUGGGGAUGGGUGUGUUCAUGCAGACAUGUUACGUGCCGCAUUUUGGAUUGCCCUAUGGGAGGAGCUACUUCAAGCCUGCUGCACUCCCAUUGGCUGUAAUGAACAUCCGUUACUUGUUAUGUCACAGCCUCCUCGUGAGCAGGACAGCUAUUCAUAAAAGGAGCUUCUUUCUGUCGGCCUCUUUUGCUCUCCAUUGCUAUUGUAAAUUAAUGCGGCGGUCAUGAUUUAGAC